GGCCUUACUGGGCCACCGUAGCUACGUACAAAGUAGCAGGCGCGUACGCUCCGGCGGUUUUGCCCAUGAAUGCUAAGCUAACAGCAAUCGGUUUUUUAUUUAUUUAAAGUGUGUGAAACUGUUUCAAUGGAGAGUGUAAAUGCUAAGUACGUGUCCCAGAAAAUCAGUAAAACCAGAUGGCGACCUGUAUCGCAUUCGUCUUUGCAGCAACCAGACAUCUUUGCGACUGGCUCGUGGGAUAACGAGAAUAACAAGAUUUCCUUUUGGUCAAUUGGGAAUCAUGGAAGUUCUGACAUGGAAGAUGGAUUUGAAGGAGACCCACAGCUUUUAUGUGAACACAAGCAUGAUGGAGAUGUUCUGGACCUUCAAUUUUUGGACCAAGACAGAAUUGUCACAACAUCGUCCACUGGAGCAGUCACCAUCUUCCGCCACCACCAAAACAGUGAGACGAUAUCGGUUUCUCAAAGCUGGCCACGAGUGCAUCGUUACCCUUGUGACAACGCUCCCUGCACUGGUGUUGUGUGCAGCAGCCCUGAGAUCGUCACAGUUGGUGAAGAUGGCAAGAUCAUCGUCUUCAGAGCCGACCAGGAGGGAGUGGUUCGAGUCAUAGAGAACGCAGACAGCAGCACGAUUCAUGCCGUGACCUACCUGAGGACAACAGAGAUCUUGACCGUGAAUUCUAUCGGCCAACUCAAGCUGUGGGACUUCAGACAACAGAGCAACUCGCCGUCCCAGAUUCUCUCCUUGUCAGGGGAUAGGGUGCCUCUGCACUGCGUGGACAGGCAUCCGAACCAACAGCACAUUGUUGCCACCGGAGGACAGGACGGCAUGCUCUGUGUCUGGGAUGUGAGACAAGGCAGCACCCCCUUCUCACUUAUGGAGGCACACUCUGCUGAAAGUGGAGUGCGACAUUAG